UUUUGGUGGAUGUACAGUGUGCGCCACUUCCUUAACGUGAUAUUCUACGCCGUCGCACUCUGGUGUUUUACAGCUUCACUUUUUCCCUCGACUUUCAGCGAAUCAGAUUCCACCAUUUCCAUUCUUCUCCACUCCCUCCCCCUCUCAUUUUCACCCAAAUCUGUCGUUGUGAUUUAUGCAUACGAUCUAAUUGCGCCGAUCAAUACCAUCUCCGUUAACCGAGAUUGCUUUUCGCGUUAAUCAGCGGCGGAUUCUUUAGGUUUUUGAUUUGGACGAACAUUGUGAAGUUGAUGUUUCUGAAAGACGUCUGAUGGUGUUGGUUAUUCGGUUGGAAUUGGAACGUUUGGUCAACUGAGGGAUUCGAGGUUUGUCGUUUGGGAUUUCAGUGCUUAUAGAUUGCUGGAGAUUUCUAUAGCACUAUAAAAUUACGAUUCAGUGCGUUUAGGUUUGGCAUCUUCCCUCUGGAUUUGACCGGCUGUGAGGAUUUCGAUUUGUGGUUGUGAAAUCAGAUACCGUGUUUGGAAUAUCUUAGUAGCCAUUUUCUGGAAUUGGAUUAUUCACACUGGUGUUUUUUGAUUGAAUUUGGUGAACUAUAGCAUUUUUCAGGCCCUCUGGUUUGCAGUAAUUUGAUUGAUUGGAUAUGGAGUCUCUUCCAGUUGAGGUUGUUGGAAACAUUCUAUCACGUCUUGGAGCUGCUCGUGAUGUUGUGAUUGCAUCGGCAACUUGCCGGAAAUGGCAUGAGGCUUGGAGGAAUCAUCUCCACACUCUUACAUUUAAUUCCAACGAUUGGCCUUUGUAUCAUGAAUACUCCACCAGUAGACUGGAAAUUAUUAUCACUCAAACCAUAUUCCAGACCAAAGGACUGCAGUGCCUUUCAAUAAUAAUGGAUGAUGUAGAUGAAUUCUCUGCUGCCCCAGUAAUCGCUUGGCUCAUGUACACUCGUGAAACCCUACGUCAGCUACAUUAUAAUGUGAGAACACAACCUAACAUCAACAUGCUCGAGAAGUGUGGUCGACAGAAGCUUGAAGUAUUGGCUUUAGCCCACAAUACAAUUACUGGAGUCGAGCCUAGUUAUCAAAAAUUCCCCAGCUUGAAAUCUCUUUCCUUGAGUUAUGUCAGCAUAUCGGCCUUGGAUCUGAGUCUCCUGCUUAAUGCCUGUCCAAAAAUUGAAUACUUGAUCUUGAUCAGUCUAGAUAUUGUCAUGUCGGAUCCCCAGGCCACGAUGGAUUUGAGUAGCCACUCAUUAAAGGAUGUUUAUGUUGAGGCAAUCAGCUUGGAUAAGUUUAUAUUGGAGGCUGAUAGCUUAGAAAAGUUGCACUUGAAAGAUUGCACACUUGAAGUUUUUGAGCUUGUUGGUAAAGGGAUGUUGAGAUUUCUAAAGAUCGAUGAUGUUAGUGUCAUCCAUCUUGAUAUUGGCGAGAGUGCCGAAAAUCUGGAGAUUGUUGAUGUGAGCAAUUUCACGAUCAUGUGGGCCAAGUUCCUCCAUAUGAUCUCAAGAUCAUCUAAGUUGAAAAAGCUUCGGUUAUGGGGUGUUGUAUUUGAUGAUGAGGAAGAGUUUGUGGAUGUGGAAACCAUCUCUUCAUGCUUUCCCUUAUUGAGUCAUCUGUCCCUGAAUUAUGAUCUAAGAGAGGCAGCUCUUCAGUAUGGCUUACAAGGUUCUUUUGUUUUGGACAAUGUGAUUGUCUUGGAACUUGGGUGGACAGUAAUUAAUGACCUGUUCUCGGCAUGGGUUUCAGGACUUCUGGAAAGAUGCCCUCAUCUUAAGAAGUUGGUUAUACACGGCGUCGUGUCUGAGACCAAAACUCACGAAGAAUGCCACACAUUGGCCAACUUCACUUCAGCUAUUGUGAGACUCAUGAGGAAGUACCUGCAUGUGGAGGUUCAGUUUGAAUAUGAAUAGAGAUAUUUUACUCUAUCCGAGCUUAUCUGUUAUGGGCUACAGAAGCAGGCAAAGAUCCUCAUUGCAGAUUCUUCAUUUACUCUGAUCUGGUCUUUCCCAGAUAAUUUUUUUGACUGAGAACAGUUGUAUUUGAUUGAUAUUUUUCUGGACAAGAUCAGGUUAUGUUUGCUUUUAAUGAUGUUUCUUCGCAUCAUUAUUCUUAACCGAAGAAUGAUCUGUUUCUACAUUCAUGAAGAAGUUUCACAUACUAUGCGUGUUUGCUUAUUUAUCAAGUUUGUUGUAUGCAUGUAUAUGUAUAUGUAUGCAUCAGUGCAGGGGAAAAUUUCCUUCAUUCUGUUUCAGUUACGCACAGUUUGAGCCCUUUUACUUUGUGAGGGUCUAUACUCAGUAAUACAUGCUGAGUUAAUAUAUGGAGCCAUUUUAUACGCACUAUCCAGAAACUUUAACUAGCCAGAUUUCAUCUUUACAGCUAGAGUAAUAUGGGUCUUUCCAAUGUGUGAAUAGCAAUGCAGAUAUACAGGUCCAACUUUCACAUUCUUAUCUUCAAUAAUAAACCAUGAUGUUAAGAGAGAUACGCAUUUUAAGGGGUCAAAUUAGUAUAUUUUGCAACUCAGUGAACCUUUUGUGAAACUAUGCUAAAAUGCAGGUAUUUUAUACUGGGAAAUAUUAAUGAUAUGACUGUAAGAUUUCUUUCUGAACUUCUUUUAAGUGGUGAAAUCCCAAAAGUUUCCAAUUGUUAAACCGGAAAGAAAGAGGACAUUCGAAAGGAAAUUUAGUGAAGGUUUCAGUGCCAGCACUAUAUCAUAUUUUCUGUAUGCAGUUUUGUUCAUCUAUUAAAUCUAUCUAUUCACCUUCCUCAUUGUAUUGUCAUAUUUUUUGGUUUGCUGUCAACUUUUCGGCUGUAGUCAGAAUCAUGCUGACAUAGCAUGAUAUUUUAUCAUAUACAUCUACUUAAUCAAUUCUCUGAAUUGCAAGUAUCAGAGCCUAUAAUUCCUGAAUGAGAUUUAUAUGAUGAAACGAGAUAUAAAUGUCAGUGCUUUUACAUGGAGAUUAGUAAUGACAGAGUAAUAUAUAUUUGAUAUGUCAAAGAGGAUGAGACUUGUCGAUUUAUUAAUCUGUAAGAAACUCAAGAAACAGAGAUGCUGUACUUGGACGUACAGUUGAAGUACUAGGGUUACUCAUGUUAUGCUAGUUAUAAAUAUACACAGCAUAUAUGCAAGUGAAUAUAUGCAAGUGAUUGCCUAAUGCCUGUGUGUGUAGCAGUGUCUUCUGAGAGAUUUUAUGAAGCUUCAAUGGUUGAAUGCAGGAAAAUACUCUUUCAACCUGGGAGAGACAGAAUUCAAGAAAUGUUUAAUAUGGAGAUAUAUGCCUGAUGAAGAAGAAUGGACCUCGGAAGCUUUCCAGCUUAGUGAAUCUCCAUGGGAAGCUAUGGCGGGCUAUGCCAAACAUCUAUUUUCUUCAUGUUUUAUGAAGUAAAUAGUCCGUUGAUUCAACCCGACUUAUUCAAGACACUCUAUUCACCCAUUCAGAAAUCCGUGACAACGGUUUGAGCAUGAAAGAGAUCCAAAAAGUUCUGAACGUUAAGGGAUGAAAUCAUAAAUCGGAUGCAGUGUCUAAAUCCUCAGUCUGAGAUCAACAUACUUUAGAUCCUUAAACUGCCUUCCUAUACAAGGUAGCUUGCUGUUAUUAUCGUCAGACUUAAUUUGCUAAUUUCUCUAUAAUUGGUUGCUAAUCUCUGCAUAACAGAGCUGCAGGAAGCUGCUACAGAUGAUGAUUCUAGAUAACCACAUAACUACCUCAAAAAUGCAGCAGAUGACAUCUUCUCAUCCUCCCUCCACUCUGGCAAAUCUUCUUGGUGGUAGAUGCAAAAAAAAUCUUAAGUUGAUAUGUGAGUUCAUUUCUUUGCAAAUCCCUCUACCCUGACCUUGUUGUAGAGCUGCCAGGGCAAAUGGCAUGUGAACGGGGAUGAAGGUCGAAACAAUGGAUGUCGAACCCUCUCCUUGUAUUGUUAGGAAUAUCUCGAACACUCUUCUUGUAUAGUUAGAACCUGAAUAUGUCAAAACUAUCAAUAAAUCUUCCCUA